AUGGAAUGUAAUAAGGAUGAAGCUAAAAGGGCAAUGGAUAUUGCUCAGAAGAAACUUUCAGAGAAUGAUUACGUUGCGGCCAAGAAAUUUGUUAACAAGUCUCAAACUUUAUACCCGGAGCUUGAUGGUGUGAAACAAGUGGCGGCGAUGAUCAAUGUUUAUACCUCGGCCGCAAGCAAGAUCAAUGGAGUAAGUGAAGCUGAUUGGUACGGAGUUCUUGGUGUUGAUACUCUGGCUAAUGAUGAAGCUGUGAAGAGACAGUACAAAAAGUUAGCUCUUUUGCUUCAUCCGGACAAGAACAGUUUCAAUGGCGCGGAAGGUGCGUUUAAGCUGGUUUCACAAGCUUGGUGUCUGUUAUCGGACAAGGUUAAGAGAACAGCUUAUGAUCAGAGGAGGAAGUUAAAGACCGGGACGCAGAAACCACCAACCCAACCUAAGCCAGCUUCUGCUAACUGGAGUCAAAAUGCUCGAGCCGGCGCUGAUCCGAGUGCUAAAGCUAGAAGUAAUCAGCCGACACAGAAACCACCAAAACAGCCACGCAAGGCAGCUUCUUUUAAUCGGAAUCCAAAGGCUCGAGCCCGUGUGGAUUCAAGUGCUAAAGCUGGAAGCAAUCAGCCAACACAGAAACCACAAAACCCACAAAAGGCAGCUUCUUUUCAUGGGAAUCAGAAUGGUAGAGCCGGUGUGGAUCCAAGUGCUAAAGCUAGAAGCAAUCAGCCAACACAGGAGCCACCAAAACGACACAAGGCAGCUUCUUUUAACGGGAAUCCAAAUGCUAGAGCCGGUGUGGAUCCAAGUGCUAAAGCUGGAAGUAACCAGCCUUCUUGUGGGACGCAGAAACCAUCAAACCAACGCAAGCCAGCUUCUUCUAACGGGAAUCCAAAUGCUAGAGCCGGUGUGGAUCCAAGAAGUAACCAGCAAGCGCCUGUGAAUUCAUCAAACGGCAGUAACUUUUGGACAAUGUGCGUUGGAUGCAGGAGACGAUUCGAGUAUGGUAGGGAUCUUUAUCUUAACAGGGCCGUUCUUUGUUCAAACUGUGGUCGGACUUUCAUUGCAACCGAGGCAAAUCCAUGGGAAAGCCUUGUGAUCCAAGUCAACUUGACAUUAGCUCUUCUUCGACAACUAGAGCAAAAAUGGAGUGCCCAAAAUCAGGCAACGAACAGAAGCACAAACACAAACGGAGCUUCUUCUGCAGAGGGAAGUUUAUGGGAACGUAAUGUGAGGCAAGUCGAAUACACAUUAUCUCUUCUUCUACAACGACAACAACAAUGGAGUGCUCAGAAUCAAGCAGCCAACAAAAACGCAAACGGAGCUUCUUCUUCUUCGCCAUCUGUUGGUGCAACUCAAGAAACUCCAGAUGAAAGCUUUGAGAGGCACCUCAGCUCAACAUUGUCUCUUUUUCCAAAACUACAAAAACUAUGGUGUUCCCAAAAUCAAGCAGCAAGCAACAAUGGGAAAAGUUCGUCGCCAUCUGUUAGUGCAACAAUGGGGAAAACUUCACAAGCAAGUUUUGUGAGGCCAGGCAACCUUUCAUCAUCAUCAUCAUCUUCUCCUCAAGAACAACAACAAUGGAGUGCCAAAAGCCAAGCAACAAACAAAACCACAGAUGGAGCUUCUUCUUUUGGGAUAAAUCCUUCUUCAUGUUCUAGUGCAGCUCAAGAAACUCCACAAGCAAGCGCCGAAAGUCAAGCAUCAAAUAGAGUUUCUACACCAUCAGUUAGUGCAAGCGCUAAAACUCCACCGGUAGGUUCCGUGUGGCCAGGUGUCAACCUCUCACCAUCUCCUCAACAACAACAACGGAAUGCCCAAAACACAAGUGGUGGUACUUAUUAUUGUUCUUCAUCAUCUGGUAGUUUCCACCAGAAUUGUUCUAAUAGCGGAAAUGCUCUAAAUCAAGCACGAGAAAAAUCGAAAAGAGUGCUAGAGGAGUUACAAGAAAAGCUUACUUCUGCAGAGAGGGUUCUUAAUAAGAAGCUGAGGACAGAUGUUAGAUAA